UUCCGGCACACAACGUCCUCGGCACGAUGCUGUACUCGAAUGCAGAAACCAACUCGUGGAAGUUCCUCAAGCUCAUUUCGGUCAAGGAGAACGUGACGUACAUCAACUUCAUCGGCUUUGUGCUCGCGUCCGGCUUUGCCAUUUGCAUGUAUGUCUUCCUCAACGCGUCCCAAGGCUUCGUGCUCGGCAGCAUCCUCAACGUCUCGUCCAAGGACCUCGGCAACAUCACGGGCAACCUCACGUUCUUUGACCAGUGCAUCUCGCUCGUCAUGGUGUAUGUCUGGGGCGUCUUGAGCGACCGCGUCGGCCGCAACUUCAUUUACGGCGCGGGCUUUGGCUUUAUGGGUCUCGCGCUCAUUUUGUACCCGUACGCGACUGGCGUCAGCACGGACCUCGUCUUCUACCGCUUUGUGUUUGCGCUCGGGACGGCCGCCACCUCGUGCAUGCUCACGGCCGUGCUCGCCGACUACUCGGCGGAGGGCGGUCGUGGUAAGCUCAGCGGUCUCGUCGGUCUCAUGUCGGGUCUUGGUGCGAUCUUUGCUGUCUUUGUCUUUAUGCCGAUCCCCGCCAAGUUCCGCGGCUCGGUCGAAGGCAUCAAGUACGCGUUCGGUCUCGUCGGCGGCAUCUCGAUCGGGUUUGGCGUCCUCGUUAUCGGUAUGCUCUGGCCUAAGAAGGUCGUGCUGGCCAACAGCGAGGCGCUUUUGUCGCCGGCCAACAUUGAAGACGCCAAGAAGACCGCCAACGGCGACCUUGUCGUCGAGAAGCCCAGCUUCCGCACGUGUGCCAAGGCCGGCUUUGCGGCUGCGAAGGACCCGAAGGUGCUCCUCGCCUACAUUGGCAGCUUCCUCGCGCGCGGCGACACGAUCAUCAUCACGGCGUACCUCCCGCUCUGGAUCUACAAGUACUACAUUGAAAACAACCUGUGCGCGGCCAAGGACGCCAACUCGCCCACCUUUCGCCGCGAGUGCCGCAGCGCCUUCAUCACGGGUGCGAUGGUCAGCGGCGUCGUGCAGGUCGCGGCGCUCGCGAGCGCGCCCGUCUUUGGCUUCCUCCUCGACAAGGUCUACCGUCCGUUCAUCGUGCUCCUCUCGGCGCUCAUUGGCUUUGUCGGGUACUUUUGGAUGUUUGUGUCGCCUGACCCGACUGCCAGCAACAUGCUCUACAUUGCCGCGGUCGUCGGUGUCGGCGAAAUGGGCAUGAUCGUCUCGUCGCUCUCGCUCGUCACGUCGCGCUCGAUCCCGACCGAGCUCCGUGGCAGUGUCAGCGGCGCCUACUCGCUCUGCGGCACCAUCGGUAUCCUCAUCACGUCCAAGCUCGGCGGCUACCUCUUUGACGUCUGGACGUCGACGGCGCCCUUCUUCAUCAUGGCUAUUGUGAACGUACUCGCGGCUGUCAUUGCCAUCUACGUCUCGAUCAAGGACAUCAAGAAGACCAAGGAAGUCAGCGCCGACGAUGGCACGACGCGCACGCUGCGCCAAGUGCAGUUUGAUGAGCCCGAGCUCCGCCUCCAUUAGACGCUAGUCUAUAAUUGAUGUGAUAUUGUUGUUUGAACC